AUGUCCAGCCCCUCAAUCGAGCUUCGUCCAAUGGGCAAAUCCGCUCCUGCCCCACCUGUACCACCCCGACAUCCAGCAGCUUCCAAUGCCAAUCCUCAACUGAGCGAUGCAUCACCUGGAUCGUUAGGAAGAGCGUAUCGAUCAGCUGAAGAUAAAGCUAGAGCAGUCGUACAUCUACAAGAAGGUGGGAUGGACGCUGUCAGUAUCUGGGCAUUGGGUUUAGCUGGAUGGUUCACGACACUCGCUUUACCGUUAUUACUGUUUCCUCGAAUCCUAUUAUUUUUCUCUCAAACACCGCCUACAUCCGCAUUCACUUCUGCUUCCCCUUCAGCUAGAGAAGAUCACUACGAUGCAUUAUCCCCACUUGAAAGUACUUUAUGUCUUUCUCUAUCGUUAGGACUACUAGCUAUGGCAUUCAUAUCGGUGUUCAUCCUAGUACCGACAUACCAAUUACCUUCUUCCAAUCCGUCCAGAACACCUCUGUUGGGCAUCUUGGUCGGUCUAGUCACCAUCACAGGCGCAGUCAUCUGGAACGUAAGAGGUAUAGGUGGUCUAGGUCAAGUCGUGGGUGCAGGUAAUGUCAUAAUGGCAAUUUGGGGUUGGUGGGUUAUAGUCUUUGGUAUAGGUGGGAAAAGUAAAUUAACUCAAGAUAGGAAAAGUAAAACUCCUGAAAGGUUUAAGAAACUUUGA